AUGACUCUGGGCUACUACAGCCCCCACAUAACUGCUUCAGAGUUUAUGAUGACAGCACAGGAGGUGCGUUUGUGUGGGCUGCUGCUGCAGGAGCACUUUGGAGAUGUGGUGGAGAAAGUGGGCACUCAUCUGAUCCGCAGGGGAGUUCUGACCUUGCGAGCACUUGCCCAUGAGACCAAACUUCCUCUUGACCUGGUCAAGAAGUCUCUGUGUGUGCUGAUGCAGCAUGGGAUGUGUGCGUUUGGUGCUGGGCGUCGUGGGCCAGCGGGACCUGUGGAAUAUCACAUCAUCUGUGAGCACAUCCUACACAUGAACCGUUAUCCACGCUACAUCUACACCGCCAAGAGUCUUUAUGGAGACACAGGCGAGCUCAUUGUUGAGGAGAUACUGCAGAGAGGACAGAUGACUAUGAGCAGCACAGUCAAGACUGUAGCAGACCGGCUGACCCACAAUAUGCCAGCUCUUUUUGCACCAGAGGGCCAGAGUAUGGACUACAGUGAGGUUGUCUCUGCAUUCUCCCGGUUGGUGGAGACUCAUUUCCUGCAGCGUUGUCCUCCUAUGGCCUCAGCAGGAUCGUCAAGCUCAGGAGCAGUCAACGCUCCCCUUCCAGCUGUAACACAGCCCACUAAACCAGAGGACCACCCAGAAUGCUACAAACUACCCUACAUCACCGGUCAAGGAAAACGCAGACGCUCAAGUGAGGAUGGUGAAGCUGAGCAACGUGCGACAAAGAAAGCCAAGACAGACAAUAGUGAGCGUGGUGGUGAAGGGAUCUAUUGGCAGGUGACUUUUCAACGCUUUCACCUGCACUUCAGAGAUCAGGCCAUUAUUAGUGCCGUUUCCUGUAAACUUGAUCAGACUAGCAGUGAGAUUGUUAGAACCAUGUUGCGGAUGAGUGAAGUUAAAAUGCCGGCUCACGCUGCUUUCACACAAGCCCUUUCUGCCAAUGAGAUUUUCCGAGCUCUUCCAUCCAGUUACAACAUCGCCAGACCAAUUUUAGACCAAUACCUCACCCUCCUGGUGGAUGAUCCGAUGGAAUUUGUGGGCAGGACAGGUGACAGUGGAGGAGGAAUGUAUGUCGUCAAUUUACAUCCUGCACUGGCUAAUCUGGCCAGAGCUACACUAGAGUCUGUGGUCCAAGAGAGGUUUGGUUCCCGCUCUGCUCGAAUCUUUCGUCUGUUACUGCGAAAACGGCACCUGGAACAGAAGCAGGUGGAGGAUUUUGCCAUGGUUCCUGCCAAAGACAUGCUGUACACACUCCUGUCUGAGAACCUGGUCGAGCUACAGGAAAUCCCCAAAACGCCAGACUACGCCCCUUCUCGCACCUUUUACCUGUACACCGUUAACCAGCUGCCCACCUUCAGACUACUUCUGCAACACUGCUUCAAGACAGUUGGCAACCUGAUCGAGAGGCGGCUGUAUGAGACCAAAGAGAACAAGCAAGUCACUCUCUACACAUGA